CCGCCGCUUGCGUUGGUCACGAUCGGCUGUAGGUCAAGUUCUACUCCUACGUGCAUUUCCAUUGGCUUUCCGGCGUUGUGUGACUCGAAUUCUGAAAGGGGUAAAAUGGCUUUCUAUGAAGAUGAUAAAAUGUACAAUCUGCACUGGAUUUUCUACCGCGUUAUCUACAGUGUUAUCAUCACAAUAUCCAUCCCUCUUCAGGCUAUAACUGCAUAUAUUCUAAAUAAACCAGAACUGAAAAAGAAUCCUGUCAACAGGUACUUCCUUCUGAUGAUCCUGUCUGACUUCGGCAUGACAAUCUGCAUCAUCCCGUCUGUUGUUUCUCUGAACGGGUGUGUAUUCUGGAGCUACAGCUUCGCCUCCUACUUCGCUCACUUCGGAUGGUCACUGGAAACCUUCUACCAGAUGCUGAGCGUGUACAUCCUCCUCUGGAUCUCUUUGGAUCGGUUCAUGGCAGCGUGGAACAUCCCUCUGUUCAGUCGGGUAUAUAAGGACGGCGUUAUUGUGAAGAGGAUGGUUGCCACCGUUAGUUUCUGUGUGUUCUCGCAUCUCCAGAAAUUCAUAUGCGCCGAAGCCCUGUGCUUAAAAGGCGACCUGAUCAACUGCACCCAAUUCAAGAUCCGCGAUGCUGUUCACUACGAGGACGAAUCCAUCCGGACGAGGAUCUUCAUGACCCUUCAUGAGAUUAGCCUCACCUGGUUCCCCGUGAUCGUUCUGGCGGUGCUCAACUUCGGUCUAGCCAUCAAACUCUACUCGAAGAACAACCAAAAUAACUUUACCUCGGACUACCGCAGGGAAAAGGAAAACAAGGCAAUCAUCAGUCUGCUCUGUUUCUCUUUCACGUACAUCUUCUUUUCCACGCCGAUAUCAUGGUAUCUCAUCUAUUUCCAUGACCUGGAGAACAAGUGCUACGGCAACUGGGCCGACGAGGUCUUCCGCGGGGUCGCUAACAUAUUCGAAAUUGCCCAAGGACUGAUGCAUAUUCUCUACUUGUACUUACUGAACAAGAAAUUCCGAAUGGCGAUUAUUUCGUUCUUUAAGACGGAAUCAGCAGAGGAUUCCACUCAGGCAUCGCAGGACAAGCGAGAACCCGACACGACCACCGACACAAAGUUACAUUCGCAGCUGUCCAUCAAAUCAAACAUUAUUAGCGCUCAGUGGCAUUCCUCCUUGGACUGCUAA